GUUGUCAUACACAUGUUUUUGUUUGUGCAGAAGCAGCUGACACGCCGAGGAGGAGGUGCAAUUAUGUGUAAAUUAUUUUGCUUUGUACGGUUCUACGAACCAACGAUUUAUAUUUAAAGCUGCUUUGAUUUCACUUAUUGGGAAGAGACACUGAGCAACGUCCCUCCUUCAGCAUGGGAAAGGGCCACGUGGUGUUCCUGAAUGUGGAGCAGUACUAUUUCCCCGAGAGCAGGGUGGAGUGUCACUACAGCCUGGGUCCGGGCCACAGGUGGGCCAGUACGGACUGGAUCGGCCUUUAUAAGGUGGGAUGGUCCUCCGUCAGGGAUUACCACACCUACGUCUGGGCCCCCGUCCCGCAGGCCUGUGGACAGGAGAGUGAUGCCCGUGGCUGUGUGCAUUUCCAAGCCUCAUACCUUCCCAGAUCUGGCGCUGUGACCUACCAGUUCGUGUAUGUGGACGGGAAGGGCGAGGUCUGUGCACAAAGCCACCCCUUCACCUUCCGCUCCCCCAGACCGCUGGAUGACCUGGCCACACUGGACGGGGGACGAGACGGCGAGGACUCUGGGGAGGAGAUGCUGAUGGUGGUGCCCAAGGCGCAUCUGCUGCAGACUCGCCUCGAGGGGUGCCUCGAGGAGCUCUCCGAACUGCGGCGGGUCAAGGAGGCGGCUGAAAAGAGGGAGAGGAGAGAGAGGGAAAGGAUGGAGAAGGCCAAGGAGGAGUGGGCAGGGCAGAGACUCGCGCUGGAGGCUGAGUCGCGUGACCUGGAGGGGAAGCUGAAGAGGAGCAGAGAGGAGAUUGAGAAAUUUAAAGAGGAGACGAAGGAGGCGCAGUCCUCUCAUGAGGCACAAACGACGGAGAUGGAGGGCAUGCUGGCCGAGAGCCGACAGCGGGUCGGACAGCUGGAGGAAGACUUCAGGGCACUGAUGGAGCGAGGGCUGGAGAGGGAGUCCGAGCUGGACAGGAUGAAGGAGAGGCUGCGGCGGGUGUUGGCUCAGAAGAGGGAGGAAGAGGAGGAGAGGAAGAGGCUGGAGGCCCGGCUAGAGCAGUCGGAUGGGCAGCUGCGCAGCCUCACCACAGAGUUCCAGGGGCUCAGGGGCUCUGUGGCACAGAAGGACACUGAGGCUGUACAACUGAGGCACUCAGUCAGCAUGCUGACUCAGAAGCUGAACACAGCCCUGAGCAGGGAGACAGAGCAAGACAGUGCGCUGAGUGAAGUGGGCGUCCUCCGAGAGCGGCUGACCAGCAGCGAGCGUGUGGCGGACAGCCUCCGCGCGGAGAUGGUCCGUCUGUCCACGCAGCUGGAUGGCGGCCAGGCCGAGCUUCACCAGACCCGCCUGCAGGUCGCCCGGCUCACCCUACAGCUGGCCGAUGGCAGCCUGGCGUUGCGAGAGGAACGCGCUGCCCAUGCGCGCCAGCGGGAGGCGCUGUGCCGCAGCUCUGAGGCGGAGAAGGAGCGGGCACGGGAGAUGAGCGUGGAGGUCCAACGGAAGGAGCAACAGCUUCAGCAGCAGAGGAUGGAGAGGGAGAAGCUGGAGGUGGAGUCGGAGAAGCAGAAGGACUGCCACCGUGUACAGCUGAGCGAGGCACGCAGGGAGCUGCAGGAGCUGAAGGCCAGCCUCCGUGUGGCCCACAAGGAGCAGGAGCAGCUGCUGCUGGAAAAGCAGGAUCUGGAGGCUUACGCCCGGCAGCUGGAGCGGAGGCUGGAGGCAGUGGCCGGCACCCGCUGGAACGAGGGCCUCUUCAACUCUGGCAGUGUCACACGUGGCUCUGUGGUUGUCCGUCUGCCCCCAGGUCGCCCUGAGAGCCCGUCCGCCGACGGCGAGGAUGAGAAACCCGAGGCGUUACAGUGCCCGAAGCUCGGUGCCCCCCCCCUGGACGACGCGCUGCAGGCCCAGCGGGAUCAGUACGAGCAACCCGUGGUCAUCAGCCAGCCACCCCCACUUUCAUCACCACGGCAACAGGGGCCUGACCCGCUAAGUCGCUGCCCCAGCUCGCAGGAAAGGCAGGAUCCAGACUCGGCACCGUCCGGAGGGCAGGGCUCCGACGCGGAAUCGGACCCGCAGAGUCUGGAUGGCGGGGUCACCGUUCCGGGGAAACUCCCAGAAUCCCUGGUGUUGUGAUGCGUCGCCAUGUGGAAUGGAGGUGGAGGCUGAGAGGAGAGGCCACCGUGUGACGCUGCUGCGCGGACAGUCCAGUGUCGCCCAGCGCCACCAGCGUGGCAUCGCAUUUCCCUGCACCACCCACGCUACCCCCCCCCGACCUCCCAGGCCGCUACCCUUACAUGACAUUGCAUGACAUCGCCGCACUUGUGUGCAGCUUUCCCAUGGUGCCCCCCUGCCCCACUGGAUUUACACCGCUGCGAGCGCGUUUAAUGCCCCCCCAUCUCUCCCCCACUCCUGCCUCGUUGGAAAUGUGGAAUAGCACACAGUCCGUCACGUAAUGUGCUCUAGCAGCUCGACCGGGCAAAUGAGAUGCAGCCCUGCGAGCUGUAUAAAGCUGUAUGAAACAUAAAAACGUUUUAUAGAAUAUGAAAAGAGAUGGGGCUGGUGGGGGGGGGGACACUUACAUUCAGGGAUUUAAUCAUAUUCCUCCCUGUUCUCUCCUCCUCCGCUGCAGCCGGGUUACAGACACCCUGCCACACUCACUCCCGCUUACACUGUCGGCUGCUUGCCUCUCUCCCGUCUUUUUGGGCGCUACGCUGUGCUACGCUGUGCUGCACUGUGCUACGCUGUGCCAUCACGCCUGCCUGCUGCACAACAUGCUUUAUUUCCUUCUUGAAUUUUGUUUUUAUCAAAGAAAAAAAAAAAAACUGCACCUCAGUCGUACGUCGCUGUCAUAACAAUGAAGUGAUUUGCUGUUAUACCGAAGGAUGCAACUAUGCAGUAAAUCGCACUGCGUGAAGCGCGUCACAGUCACCCAAACUCGCACUGCCCCUGUGAGGGCGUCACGCCCCAUUUAUGUGACAGAUCAGCGCCGUCGGACCUGUAACAUUAACUGACCUUUUAUUUGUGUGUUUCCUUUUAGCAAAGCUGCCCUUACUUUAUAGUUCAGAUCAUGUAGCUGUGUUUACUGUAUAUAUCUGCUAGUUACUUUGCAUUUUUUUAAUUAUUAGGGUUUUAUAUUUGAAAUGUUUGUGAUUCUGGGCUAGUGCACGAGUGCUGCAUUAGGGGGCGUUAAAAUGUCAGGCAUGUGGGUGUUAGGGAACCCCACCACCUAAUCUAUACCUGGGGUUAAAAGCAUGGCUAUUUGUUAGUGUGGAGGGGAGGGGGGGUAUCUUGGCAAUGUCUGCCUUCCUGAAAGCUUUGAUGGUCAUUCGCGGGAUUUUUUGAUCGUGUAGCAUCCUUUGCAAGAUUUCCGUUAUUGUUAGGAGCUCUGUCACAGGUCUGAGGGUCUGUAUCAGUGACGUUAGGGAACUCCAGUAUCAGGACUGCGUGACGCUUUUGUCCAGACACACGAUAACAUCGCAGUGUGCAAAUGCACACAGUUCCCAGCUGGAAUAGAGACCAGUGCGUGAAGGUGUGAUGGAGAAUAAACUCCCAUCUUUUAAAGGUUAAGCCAUGGAGUAGCUCUGUAGCAAGGCCUGGGCCGCUAUAUGUGUGCAGGAAUGUCUGUAGAGUCCCCAGGCAGAGCAUGGAGCAUUUUGAAAGCAUCAGUUAUGGGGCUGUUUCCAUGGAAGGUGUGAGUCUGCUGUGUAAACCUUUGUUUGUUUUAACAUAGCUGGCUGCAAUGAUUUCUACAGUAUUGUUCUGGUACAAUGACUAUUUUAAAGGUGUGGCAAAGAAAUGUAGCUGAAUGGGGUGAUGAAAAGGCCCUUUUCAAGGCCUGGGGUCAGGCUGAGAUGUGAGGCUGGUUUGUGCAACAUCCACGCUAAUUUAUAUUCGCUGCCACACAGUCUGACCCUGGCUGAACAGGCACAGGAAAGGAAACUGGAAGGGAAACUGGCAUCAAGAACUUUGAAUUAUGGCUAUUCAUCUUUUUUUUUCUUUUUUUUUUACAUAUAUGUAAAUAUUUUGGAGUUGUUCCUCAAAGCUAACACAUGGCAAUUUUGUAUAUUAGUCAUGCUAAUAAUAGUAAUUAUCCUAAAAUGGGUGUAAUGUAUGGGCUAGGAUUGGAUCCAAGGACAAGAGCAACCAGUUUAUUGGUAGCGCAGAAAGCAGGUAAAGGUAAACAGCUCCAAACUGUAGCUCCAACUCAAGCUGAAAGCCACGGAGUCAAUAGGGGCAGCGCUGGGCAAACAGUCCAGAUCCCGACAGGCAGGAAAACCGGUAAAGCGAGCAGGAGUCGGCAUGGGCACUCGGGACUCCAGACAAACCAGCCAGGUGCAAAGGCCUAACUUUGGAUUGAAUAUUGAGGGGGUUGAGGUCCCCAUCAUGAUAAUGUGAUUAUUUGGGGUGGGGGUGGGGUGGUAUUGGCUGGUUCUGAUUAUUGCGGUUACAGACAUGCCCAGUAUCCAGGUGGGUGAGCCCAGUGGAGCGGGAACCAGCUGGUUCUGGCUGGAUGGACACUCUGCUUGAUAUGGGGGGGCGAUACUAGGCGAAUUAGUUUGUUUAUCUACUGGUGAUAGUUUUCUUUUCCUGAUUUCCAUACGGCUGCUUAACUUCUGCCCGAUGCCAUUUCAUGGCAUGAUUUCAGUUACAUGGAUGUUAGUUAAGGACCAGCAGCCACUUGUUUUAGGUCUUUUUUUCCCCUGUAUAUUUUUUUUAACCCCCCCCCCAAGGUGUGUGUUUUGUAUUGGUGUGUUUUUUGGGUGUUGGGGCGUCACCCGUUUUCACUGCUUGGCCUCCCGCCCCCGCUCUGCGUGGGUGACGUUUUCUAUGUAAUAAAAAGUCAUACAAUCCAA